AUGUUUACUUCAAAAACCAUCUUUAAAUCUUCAUCCCAGAUAAAGAAUUCAGUAUUGAAAUUAAGGUUAUAUACCACAAACUCAAACAAUAAUAUAAAAAUACCAAUGGCUCCAACCGAAUACACUUUUGAAAAGAUUUCCAAGUUGAUCGCUCAUCCACAUCCAGGACAGGUCUUGGUGGAUGUUAGAGAACCAAGUGAAUUGAAAAAUAGUGGAACCAUUCCAGGUUCUUUGAAUAUUCCAUAUAAGAGUGCACCAGGUAGUUUAAAUUUACCAGAAAAUGAAUUCAAAGAUUUAUACUCUUUUGAUAAGCCAAGCAAAACAAAUGAACUGAUCUUUUAUUGUGCUGCUGGUUUAAGAGCUAAAGCUGCUGCUGAAUUAGCUCAAUCUUUUGGUUACAAUAAGAUCGGCGUUUAUCCAGGCUCUAUGAAUGAAUGGUUAGCUAAAAGUGGAAAGAUUGAAAAAGUUUAA